AUGACGGCGGCCCACAUUGAUGAUGUGGCACCCUACUUCAAGACAGAGCCGGGCUUGCCCCAGAUCCACCUGGAAGGGAACCGCCUGGUCCUCACCUGCCUUGCUGAAGGGAGCUGGCCCUUGGAGUUCAAAUGGAUGCAUGAGGACAGGGAGCUCACCAGCUACACCAGUGAAUACAAGUACACCAUUCCAUCUCUCCAGAGGCUCCAUGCUGGCUUUUACCGCUGUGUUGUGCGAAACAGAAUGGGGGCGCUCUUGCAGCGAAGAUCGGAAGUCCAAGUGGCAUACAUGGGGAACUUCAUGGAGGUGGACCAGCGGAAGACAGUUUCCCAGGGACAGGCAGCUGUCCUCAACUUACUUCCUAUCAACAGCUACCCCAGACCUCAAGUGACGUGGUUCCGAGAAGGACACAAGAUAAUUCCCAGCCACCGAAUAGCCAUCACGCUGGAGAACCAGCUGGUCAUCCUGGCCGCAGGGCCAGACGAUGCGGGUGCGUACUACGUCCAGGCCGUCAACGAGAGGAACGGCGAAAACAAGACCAGCCCCUUCGUCCAUCUGAGUGUAGCACGAGAGAUGAGCCCAUCGGAAGCCGUGGCCCCCACCAUCGUGGUCCCUCCGGGCAACAGGAGCGUGGUGGCCGGAGCCAGCGAGGUGACCCUGGAGUGCAUAGCCAAUGCCAGGCCUGUGGAAGCACUGAGCGUGUCCUGGAAGAGAAAUGGGAUGCGGGUCACCAGCGGCCUGCACAGUUUCGGGAGGUACCUGACCAUCAGCAACCCCACCUCAGCCGACACAGGGGUGUACGUCUGCGAGGCGACGCUGAGGGGACGCAGCUUCGAGCCAGCCAGGGCCAAAGCCUUUCUCUCCAUCAUAGAGCCGCCCUAUUUUACGGCUGAGCCAGAGAGUCGGAUCCUAGCUGAAGUGGAGGAAAGCGUGGACAUCGUCUGCCGAGCCAUGGGGGUCCCGCUGCCCACCCUCCAAUGGUACAAGGAUGCUGUGGCCAUCACCAAGCUCCAGCAUCCCCGCUACAAAGUGCUCUCGAGUGGGGGGCUGCGCAUCCAGAAGCUGCAUCCGGAAGAUUCUGGAAUCUUCCAGUGCUUUGCCAUUAACCAAGGCGGGGAGAUCCAGACGCAUACCUACCUGGACGUCACCAAUAUCGCCCCAACGUUCACUCGGCGCCCAGAGGACACCAUGGUGACAGAUGGAAUGACGGCCACCCUCACGUGCAUGGUGUCUGGAGCCCCCAAGCCCACCAUCACCUGGAGGAGAGGGACCCAGGUCCUGGCCAGCGGCUCCGUGCGGAUUCCUCGGUUCAUGCUUCUUGAGUCCGGGGGUCUGCAGAUCACCCCAGUCUUCCUCCAGGACGCCGGCAACUAUACCUGCUUCGCCACCAACUCCGAGGGCUCCCUGGAUGCCUCAGCCGAGCUCACCGUAUGGAAUCGCACGUCCAUCAUUCGCCCUCCAGAGGACGGGGUGGUGAUUAAGGGGACGACCGCCACACUGCACUGUGGAGCGACGCACGACCCCAGGGUCUCCAUCCGCUAUGUCUGGAAGAAGGACGGUGUGGUGAUGAACCCUUCCGGCAGCUCUCGGAUCAUGGUGGAGAGGGACGGGUCCCUGGUCAUCAGUCAGACGUGGUCGGGGGACAUCGGGGAUUACACCUGCCAGCUCGUCUCCCAGGGAGGAAACGACUCCCGCACCGCCCGUCUGGAAGUGAUCGAGCUGCCUCACCCUCCCCAGAACCUGCUGGCCAGCCUGAACGCGUCGCACAGCCAGGCCGUGAGGCUGUCCUGGGUCCGACCCUUCGACGGAAACAGCCCCGUCCUCUACUACAUCGUGGAGGUCUCGGAGAACAACUCUCCGUGGAAGGUCCAUCUGUCCAGUGUUGGCCCUGAGAUGACCGAGGUCACUGUGAGUGGCCUGACCCCCGCGCGCACCUACCAGUUCCGAGUGUGCGCUGUCAACCAAGUGGGCAAGGGCCAGUACAGCGCGGAGACCAGCAGGUUGGUGUUGCCUGAGGAACCACCUAGUGCUCCCCCAAAAAACAUAGUGGCCAGUGGGCGUACCAACCAGUCCAUCAUGGUGCAGUGGCAGCCGCCCCCCGAAACUGAGCACAAUGGGGUGCUCCGUGGCUACAUCCUCAGGUACCGCCUGGCCGGGCUGCCGGGGGAGCACCAGCAGCGGAAUAUCAGCAGCCCGGAGGUGAACUACUGCCUGGUGAAGAACCUCAUCAUCUGGACGCAGUACGAGAUCCAGGUGGCUGCGUACAACGGGGCUGGCCUGGGUGUGUUCAGCAGGGCCGUGACCGAGUACACGCUGCAGGGAGUGCCCACCGCGCCCCCACAGAAUGUGCAGACGGAAGCUGUCAACUCGACAACGGUCCAGUUUCUGUGGAACCCUCCGCCCCAGCAGUUCAUCAAUGGCAUCAACCAAGGAUAUAAGCUUCUAGCCUGGCCGGUGGAUGUCCCCGAGGCUGUCACCGUAGUGACCAUCGCUCCAGACUUCCAUGGCACACACCACGGGUACGUCACCAACCUGAAGAAGUUCACCGCCUACUUCACGUCUGUCCUGUGCUUCACCACCCCGGGGGACGGGCCCCCCAGCACACCUCAGCUCAUCCGGACGCAUGAAGACCGGCCGGGAGCGGUGGGGCACCUGAGCUUCACAGAGAUUCUGGACACGUCCCUGAAGGUCAGCUGGCAGGAGCCCCUGGAGAAGAAUGGCAUCGUCACCGGCUACCAGAUUUCCUGGGAGGUAUAUGGGAAGAACGAGUCUCGCCUCGCUCACACCCUCAACAGCACGACGCAUGAGUACAAAAUCCAGGGGCUGUCCUCGCUCACCACCUACACCAUCGAAGUGGCUGCUGUCACUGCAGUGGGCGCUGGACUGGUCACCUCAUCCACCAUCUCCUCCGGCGUCCCCCCAGAGCUCCCGGGCGCCCCAUCCAACCUGGUCAUCUCCAACAUCAGCCCCCGCUCGGCCACUCUGCAGUUCCGGCCUGGCUACGACGGGAAGACCUCCAUCUGCAGGUGGAUCGUGGAAGGACAGGUCGGGGCCAUCGGUGACGAGGAGGAGUGGGUCAGCCUGUAUGAGGAGGAGAACGAGCCAGACGCCCAGACGCUGGAAAUCCCAAACCUCACACCGUACACUCACUACAGAUUUCGAAUGCGCCAGGUGAACGUCGUGGGCCCGAGCCCCUUCAGCCAGUCGUCCAGGGUCAUCCAGACGCUGCAGGCCCCGCCCGACGUGGCCCCAACCAGCAUCACUGUCCGCACGGCCAGUGAGACCAGCCUGUGGCUGCGCUGGGUGCCCCUCCCUGACUCCCGGUACAACGGGAACCCCGAGUCCGUGGGCUACAGGGUCAAGUACUGGCGCUCCGACCUCCAGGCUCCCGUCCUGGCCCAAGUCAUCAGUGACCGGCUGGAGCGGGAGUUCACGGUGGAGGAGCUGGAGGAGUGGACGGAGUACGAGCUGCAGAUGCAGGCCUUCAACGCCAUCGGGGCCGGGCCGUGGAGCGAGGUGGUGCGGGGCCGCACGCGGGAGUCAGUUCCUUCCGCUGCUCCUGGAAAUGUGACGGCCGAGGCAGUCAGCUCCACCCAGAUCCUGUUGACAUGGGCGUCUGUGCCCGAACCGGACCAGAACGGGCUCAUCUUGGGCUACAAGGUCCUGUUCCGGGCCAAGGACCUGGACCCCGAGCCCCAGAGUCACGUGGUGCGUGGGAACCACACACAGUCGGCACUGCUCGGGGGUCUGCGCAAGUUCGUGGUCUACGAGCUGCAGGUGCUGGCCUUCACGCGCAUCGGCAAUGGGGUGCCCAGCUCCCCGCUGGUGCUGGAGCGCACCAAGGAUGAUGCCCCAGGCCCCCCCGUGAGGCUCGUCUUCCCAGAAGUGAGACUGACGUCGGUGCGGAUUGUGUGGCAGCCCCCAGAGGAGCCCAACGGCAUCAUCCUGGGUUAUCAGAUCGCCUACCGCCUGGCCACCAGCCACCCCAACACCUUCACCACUGUGGAGGUGGGCGCCACGGUGAGGCAGUUCACGGCCACCGAGCUGGCCCCCGAGUCGGCCUACAUCUUCCGGCUGUCGGCCAAGACCCGGCAGGGCUGGGGCAGCCCCCUGGAGGCCACCGUCAUCACCACGGAGAAGAGAGAGCGUCCGGCGCCCCCCCGAGAGCUGCUGGUCCCCCAGGCCGAGGUGACCGCGCGCAGCCUCCGGCUCCGGUGGACCCCGGGCAGCGACGGCGCCUCCCCGAUCCGCUACUUCACGGUGCAGGUGCGCGAGCUGCCAGGCGGAGCGUGGCACAGCUACUCCUCGUCCGUGGGCCACGAGGCCACCGCCUGCCUGGUCGAGAGGCUGAGGCCCUUUACAUCCUACAAGCUGCGCCUGAAAGCCACCAAUGACAUUGGGGACAGUGACUUCAGCGUGGAGACGGGAGCAGUGACCACCCUGCAGGAUGUGCCCGCAGAGCCGCCCAGCCUGGUCUCGGUGACACCUCACACCACGUCCUCCGUCCUCGUCCAGUGGCAGCCCCCCCGGGACGAGAGUCUGAACGGCCUGCUUAUGGGUUACCGGAUCUACUACCGCGAGCUGGAGUCCGAGGCUGGGCUGGGCAUCAAAGCCAAGACCCAGAAGAAUCCUUCCGCCCUGAGAGCCGAGCUCACAGCCCACAGCAGCUUCAAGUCUGUGAACAGCAGCUCCACGCUAACCACGUACGAGCUAACACAUCUGAGGAAAUACAGACGCUACGAGGUGGUCCUGACGGCCUACAACAUUGUGGGUGAGAGCCCGGCCAGCUCGCCCGUGGAGGUCUUUGUGGGAGAGGCCGCCCCUGCAAUGCCCCCCCAGAAUGUGCAAGUGAACCCCCUCACAGCCAGCCAGCUGGAGGUGACGUGGGACCCCCCGCCUCCCGAGAGCCAGAAUGGGAACAUCCAAGGCUACAAGAUCUAUUACUGGGAGGUUGGGAGCAGGAACGAGACGGAGAAGAUGAAGGUGCUGUUCCUCCCGGAGAGCUCGGUGAAGGUCAAGAACCUCACGAGCCACACCAAGUAUCUGGUCAGCAUCUCCGCCUUCAACGCGGCCGGGGAUGGGCCCACCAGUGAACCCCGGCAGGGCCGGACCCACCAGGCAGCUCCCAGCGCCCCCAGCUUCCUGGCCUUCUCAGAAAUCACGUCGACCACGCUCAACGUGUCAUGGGGCGAGCCGGCGGCAGCCAACGGCGUCCUGCAGGGCUACCGGGUGGUGUACGAGCCCCUGGUGCCGGUGCAGGGUGUGAGCAAGGUUGUGACUGUGGACAUUAAGGGCAACUGGCAGCGCUGGCUGAAGGUGCGUGACCUCACCAAAGGGGUCACCUACUUCUUCCGGGUGCAAGCACGGACCAUCGCCUACGGACCCGAGACCCAGGCCAAUGUCACGGCUGGGCCUGCACAGGGCUCCCCAGGAUCCCCCAGAGACAUCUCGGUGACCAAGUCCUCCUCAGAGCUGACCCUGCAGUGGACAGAGGGGAGCACAGGCACCACGCCCACUACAGGCUAUGUCAUUGAGGCCAGGCCGUCAGACGAAGGGCUGUGGGACAUGUUUGUGAAGGACAUUCCACGGAGCGCCACGUCCUACACGGUCCACCUGGACACACUCCGGCACGGUGUGUCCUACGAGUUCCGCGUGGUGGCCGUCAACGAGGUGGGCUAUGGGGAGCCCAGCAGCCCCUCCAUGGCUGUAUCAGCCCAAGUAGAAGCCCCGUUCUACGAGGAGUGGUGGUUCCUCCUGGUGAUGGCGCUGUCCAGCCUCAUCAUUGUCCUGCUGGUGGUCUUCGCCCUGGUCUUGCAUGGACAGAACAAGAAGUACAAGAACUGCAGCACAGGGAAGAACCUCUCCAACAUGGAUGAGGCCGUGACACUGGACAAUGGAGGGUUUGCUGCCCUGGAGCUCAACAGCCGCCACCUCAACGUCAAGAACACCUUCUCCAAGAAGAACGGGACCAGAUCCCCUCCCCGGCCCAGCCCAGGCGGCCUGCACUACUCAGACGAGGACAUCUGCAACAAGUACAAUGGGGCUGUGCUGACCGAGACUGUGAACCUCAAGGAGAAGUCCGUGGACGCGUCUGAGUCUGAGGCCACCGACUCUGACUAUGAGGACGAGCCGCCCAAGCACUCCUUCGUCAACCACUACAUGAGCGACCCCACCUACUACAACUCCUGGAAGCGCAGGCCCCCCAGCGGCAAGAACCCCGCGCCCUACCGCUACGAGGAGUGCUUGGGGGCCGAGCCGGGGCGCCUCCAGACUGUGGUGACCACGCAGAGCUCCGGGGGCGUCUACACCCCCGCGGGCCCCCAGCCUGGCGCCCGUGCGCCCCUCACCGGCUUCUCCUCGUUCGUGUGA